AGUCGACCAUUAUGAUGUUGACAAUGAUGCUCUUCGCAUUGAACGGAGGUGGUCAAAUAUGGAGAAUGAGGGAUGGACCCACAGUAUGGACUUUCCCUUGCGGUACAGAAUGAUAUACCACCCCAACUGUAUCAAAUUUCUCAAAAAGCAUCUAGCCAAAGAAAGGAAUCGUGUGCUGAAAAAAGUUAAGCCCAGAGUCAGGCUCCUUCAGAGGGUACUACCAUGCUCUGCAGGUGUUCUGUUGACCUGCCUGGCCACAGGUUUCUACCCCCGUCACAUCAACCUGACCCUGCUCAGAGACGGCCAGCCUGUGUCUGACCACCAGAUCACUGGGGGGGAGCUGCUACCUAAUGGAGAUGAGACGUACCAGAUGAGGAAGAGCCUGGAGGUCAGUGCAGAGGAACUACAGCAUCACCACUACACCUGCACAGCUGAACACCUCAGCCUGGACAACAAGCUGGACAUUGAUUUGGAGCGAGAUUGGGACUUGGUAACUACACCCAUCAUGUCCUCUGCACUGGUGACUGUGUUGGCUGUGUGCUGCCUGGUUGGAGCUGGUAUCGGGGUCAUUAUCAGGUGGAGGAGGAAGUGUGCAGGUAAAUAGUUUGCUGCUAAACUGUAGCAGAUUAGAUAAGGGCUCCCAGACUGCUGUGUCGAGUAACUACUCAGCUGCCUCAAGCACAAAUGAUUCAGAGAAG